UCCUCUUGCAUUCUAAAGAAACUACUUCUUCUUCUUCCUUACAGCCGAUCUUCUAUGUUUCUUCAACGACAACAGCACCUCCACCCCCAAUUGCCCCUCCUCAACAACACGCUCUCCAUACUCCGAGCCAUUUCUGUUCCUGUCAGCUAGCUAUUUCUUUUUUUAUAUUCACAUCUCCUAUUUCUCAACUUGAGCACGCUCCACCACCUCUUCCUUCUCUCCUUAAAAGAACAACCCCUCUAUCCUAUUCAACAAUGGAUCUGAACUGGUGCCCAGUCUGCGAACAGCACAUCCCACUCGCCUGGGAGUCGAGCCUUUACUGCUCUGAUCGCUGCAAGAAAGCCGAUGCGGCUGCCUCGAAUUCGGGUCUUUACCCAGCCAAGAUGCAGUCCUUCUCCCGCAACCAGAGGACCUCGAUCUCCUCUCCCUUGUCCUCACCUUCCUUGGGCGGCGUCAACUCUUCAACUUCAGCAACGAGCACGUAUCCAUCCCCACCAACGUCGCCGAUGAGCAACUAUGUCUACAACAAUAUCUCAGCUCACGGUCGCAUCUCCCCGCCUUCGUUUUCGUUGGGUCAACCCGCAUCAGCUACAGCAGGAGCAGCAGGAUAUGAUCUUCAGUUGCGCCGCAAGUCAGCGACGACAAUUGCAGUGCCACAGUACACGACCUCAACAAGCGCCGCGAACAAGAAGGGAUUCUUUUGGUAGUUGGACGACACAAGUGCACGCACCACUUGGCUUGGUUGCUUGCGCCUGUAACAAACAUUCCUCCGAUUCUCAAAAAAAAAAACAACCAAAAAAACCCCCCAAAAUUCUUGUACAUACUCUACCAAACCAGUCUUCUCUUCCAUCGCGCCUUGUAUAUAACCACAGAAAAGCAACUACAAAAAAAAACAAGCACUCGUCUUUGAAUCCUUUUUCGUCCUUCAGUAUGUAUAAUAGACCUCUAAAGUACUAUCUUCUAAUAAUAACAAGUA